AUUGAGGCAUGCAUGAACUGCUGGCAGGUCAGGGUUAGGUGGGCACACAGGUCCAGCCCCACUGGUCCAGCUCAGUCCUUCACAUGUGACCUCCAGGUUUAGGCAGAUUAAGAACCAGUUUGGUUUCUGGCAGCCUGAGUCACGCUCUGGCGGCAGGCGUUGAGUGUCAGGAGGAAGCACACCCAGCCUGGAGGCGCUGGGGCACAGGUACCGCCCACUGUCCUCCUUCCCGGGCAGCUGCUUGUUUGCAGCCAGGGCCUGGAAGACCUCAGGACACCUCGUGGCUGCCAGGCCUUCCCCAUGGCUUCAGAGACAGCCUGCCGCCCCUCUGGGAAGAGGCUCUGCAAGGUGCAAGCCUUCAGAAUCUGGGAUGUCAACCAGAAGACCUUCUACCUGAGGAACAACCAACUAGUUGCUGGAUACCUGCAGGGACCAAACACAAACUUAGAAGAGAAGAUAGACGUGCUGCCAGUGGAGCCCCAUGCUGUGUUCCUGGGGAUCCAUGGUGGGAAACUGUGCCUAUCCUGUGUCAAGGCUGGUGAUGAGAUCAGGCUCCAGCUGGAGGCUGUUGACAUCACUGACCUGAGCAAGACCCAGGAGCAGGGCAAACGCUUCACAUUCAUCCGCUCGGACAGCGGCCCCACUACCAGCUUCGAGUCAGCUGCCUGUCCUGGCUGGUUCCUGUGCACGCAGCUGGAGGCCGAUAGGCCCGUCAGCCUCACCAACAAGCCUGGGGAGGCUGUCAUCGUCACCAAGUUCUACUUCCAGCAGGACUAGUGAUUUUGCCGUACUCCCACCCGGGUCCCCAGCUGUCAUGGGCUCUGAGAGGCAGCCUCAGCAGGCGGACCCUCAGAAGGGGCUCCAGGGUCCUGGUAUCAGGACUGUUGUCCCCAGUCCCCUCAGCUCCCUGACCUCCAUCUGCUCCGCAGUGGUCUUUCUAUAGUGCAGCUCAAAGCACCUCAAUGUCAUCUGUCCUUCCGGGUGACACCCAGGCCACCUGACCAGCCUUCUCGCCUCUCCUGGCUGCUUCCCCACCCCUGCCCCACUGUCUGUGUCACUAGCUCACCUUCCACUACACAGCUCCCAAACCUUGUUUUGCAAACCACAGGGAAGCAGCAUUUCCAGGGUCUGUGGCAAAAUGGAAAAUAAGGAUUUCAUGAUGUUUUUUUAAAAGCCCAUUUUAUUCAAUUUGAAGGAAAAUUCUUUACUUGGACAUGGUGUCCUUCCUGGAAAAGGGAAGGGGAUCAAAAUAUCCCUGCAUUUGUGAAAUGGUGGUGAAAGUCAGUUUUCUUUUUUCUUUCUUUUCUUUGUUUUUGUAAUGCCCUAACCUGUAAAACUGAAAAGUUAACAGACCAUGUUGAUCCCUCAUUUUUUGUUUCUGAAAUGUUCCUGAAGUCUGGACCCCGCUGCCCAGGCCCUGAGCACUGUCUCCCCUCCAGACCUGCCAUAGCUGCUGGCAGAGUCCCCCCAGGUCCCAGGCCCCAAGGUAUAGCAGCUGCUGUCUCCCCCUGCCCCUGUCCCCCAAUCUCCCAAGGAGUGACUGGCUCAUUGGCCAUUUCAGCACUUCUGACACUGAAGCUUAUUUGACAGAUGUGUAUAUGUUUGUCUGUCUGCCCCCAGCCUGGAGCAGAGAUGUGACCCCAUGUGUCUCAGGUCCCUGUAGGGCGGAACACGUUCCUGGCCCUUAGCAGGUGCUCAUGGGGGUGUGUUGUGUGUGAGUGGAAAGUUUCCUGCUCCCUGUGACUCAAGCUCUGUUUUACAAUAAAGCUUUGAAAACACA